CUCUGUGAGGGCGGUGCGGCAGAAUCCAGGAACAAGAAGGAUUGUCGAAGUGUGAAGCUUUAUAAAAGCUAUGAAAUAGUUUGAAUCAAUGAAUUUUACUGAGUUUUUGGAAUAGGAGGAUACACCCUGUGUUGCGCGCGUCCUAGCCAUGGAAGAAACGAACCGGGAAGCCGUGGCCACGGCCGUGCAGAGAGUUGCAGGGAUGCUGCAGCGGGCAGAUCAGCUGGACAAGGUCGAGCAGUACCGACGUAGAGAGGCCCGCAAGAAAGCAUCCGUAGAGGCCCGGCUGAAGGCUGCCAUUCAGUCCCAGUUGGAUGGCGUCCGUACUGGUCUACUGCAGCUUCACAAUGCUCUGUGCGACGUGAAAGACAUCCAGAACUCCCUAGGAGACGUGAGUAAGGACUGGAGGCAGAGCAUCAACACCAUAGAGAACCUCAAGGAUGUGAAGGACGCAGUGGUGCAGCACAGCCAACUGGCCUCUGCUGUGGAGAACCUGAAGAAUAUUUUCUCAGUUCCAGAGAUUGUGCAGGACACCCAGGAUCUGAUCGAGCAGGGUGAGUUGCUGCAGGCCCACCGCAAGCUGAUGGACCUGGAGCGCUCGCGCGACGACCUGAUGUACGAGCAGUACCGCAUGGACAGCCGCAACACGCACGACAUGGAGCUGAUCCGCCGCUACUUCGGCCAGGUGCAGCCGCUGUCCGACGAGCUGGCCAAGCAGCUGUGGAUGGUGCUGCAGCGCGCCAUGGUGACGGUGCGCCGCGACCCCACCAUGCUGGUGUCGGUGGUGCGCAUCAUCGAGCGCGAGAAGAUCAUCGACAACCGCAUGCUGGACCGGCAGAAGCAGACCACCUUCAUCCCGCCAGGCCGGCCCAAGAGGUGGAAGGAGCGCAUGUUCGAGGAGUUGAAGGAGACGGUGAGCAGACGCAUCGAGGGCACUCAGUCCGAGACGCGCGACUCGGACAAGAUGUGGCUGGUGCGGCAGCUGGAGCUCACGCGCAAGUACGUGCUGGACGACCUGAUGGUGGUGAGCAACCUGAUGGUGCAGUGCUUCCCGCCGCACUACAACACCUUCACCAGCUUCUUCCACAACUACCACGCCGCCGUGGCCGCCAACGUGCGCGAGCUGGCUGCCGGCGACCUGGAGGCCAACGAGAUCGUUUCGCUCCUCACCUGGGUCCUCAACACCUACAGCAGUGUGGACAUGAUGGGCCACCCUGAGCUGAAGGAGUGUGAUGUCACUCAGUUGGAACCUCUGCUCACCCAGGACGUGAUUGACGAACUCCUCAGCAAAUACAUCCAGACCUUCACCUCCAACAUCACUGGCUGGCUGCGUAAGGCCCUGGAGACGGAUAAGAAGGACUGGCUGAAGGAGUCGGAGCCCGAGGCUGACCAGGACGGCUACUACCAGACCACGCUCCCCGCCAUCGUCUUCCAGAUGUUUGAGCAGAAUCUGCAGGUUGCUGCCCAGGUCGAUGAUACGUUCAAAGAGAAGGUUUUGGGACAGUGUUUGAAGCAGAUGUGCUCUUUUCUAAACAGGUACAAGGAAGAGGCGAUCAACUACAAAGAGGAGCACUUGAAAGAUCGCCAGCUUCCACAGAACUAUGUCCAGUACAUGAUUGCCAUCAUCAACAACUGCCAAACGUUCAAGGAGUCCAUCAACAGUCUGAAGAAUAAGUACUCCAAGUCUCCCGUGGCCAGCCACUACGACGAGCCCAUCGAGAGGAUCCUGAACGAGGUGGCCAGAGAGGGUUGCCAGUUCCUGCUGGAUGAGGUCUUCCUGGACUUAGAGCAUCAUCUGUACGAGCUGCUUACCAGGAAAUGGUUGACUGGUUCCCAUGCAGUGGACACCAUCUGUGUCACGGUGGAGGACUACUUCAGCGACUUUGCCAAGAUCAAGAAGCCUUAUAAUCAGGAGAUGACCAGCGAGGCACACCGGCGUGUGGUGGUGGAGUACAUGAAAGCGGUCAUGCAGAAGCGCAUCAACUUCCGCAAUCCCGAGGAGCGCAAGGAGGGCGCCGACCGCAUGAUCAAGGAGGCUGACCAGUUCAAAAUGCUCUUCAGGAAGCUCUCUGGAACUGAGGAGGCAGACCGUCUGUGUGAAGCCAUCUCUGCCAUAGCGGAGGUGUUUAAGCUGAGCGACACCACCAUGCUCUCUCUGGAAGUGUCCACGCUGGUCUCCAAAUACCCUGAUAUCAGGGAGGAUCACAUCGUGGCCUUGCUGGCGGUGCGUGGGGACGCCAGUCGGGACACCAAGCAGAAGGUGAUCGAGACCUUCAACCAGACCCGGCCCUCCAGCAGCAUGGUCACCCAGCCCAUCUUCAAGGACAUCACCGUGCCAACCAUGUCCAUGACCUCCAUGACCUCCAUGGCUGUGCCUAAACUGCUGAAGUAGGCCAAGGGCUCCAGGCUGGGGUGCUUCAGGAAGCAGGAACACCACCGUUCCUUUCAUAUGCACUUUGAGGGGGAAAGAGAGAUGUUACCACAGAUGCAGUCUGUUAUUAGAGGCUAAAGCCCCCUGCGCUGGAGGCUGCCUUGAACUCUUUGUCAAAACGAUCAUGAAUGAUUACGUGACCUGUGGACUGAGAACACUACAUGUGCGCCCUAAAAUGUUUCUUACACAUUUCAUUUCCUUGCUUUUUUAAUCUUGCCAAUCAUUGCUCACUCUUCUGAUCUCUCACAUGUGUAAGAUAAACCGAAGGGUGCGUGCGUGCGUUUGUGUGUGUGUGUGUGUGUGUGUGUGCGUGUGUGUGUGUGAGUUUCCCACUCAUUGCUUUUGUGCAUAUGUGUCUAUUAAAAGGGAUCUCUCUUGCCCUGUU